CAUAUUGCGCGACGGUUAUUUUGAUUCGUAUGUGUCGGAAGCGAGGAAAAAAAAAGGAAAAAGAAAAAGACUAGUGGGGGGGGGGAAGGAGAAAAUAAUAAAGAAGAGGAGUGAAGGAUUAAAGGAAACGGAAGAAGAAGAGAAGUUUGUGUGAGUAAAACAAAAAAGUUAAGAAAUCCCCCGGAGUGUGUGAAAGAUAGAGUGAAGGGGGGGGGGCGACGUACAGACUCGGUAAGCCCCCCACCACCACCACCACCACCACCAACCCCCCCACACCCCCGGACUCUGAAGUAAAGUUACGCCGUCCUCAGCGCACUUAGGCCCGGCUCCGAGUUCCUCCUCCUGCCCGGCCCUGACACUGACACCGACACCGAGACGGAGACAGACGGAGAGAAGCCUCGGUCUCGGGCGGCUCCGGUGUGGAAGGCGGCCCGGGGAGCGGCGGCGGACACGGACACGAAACAGAAAGCUUUCCCUCGUAUGUAUAGGCCUCACAGACAUACAUGCUCCAGUGAAGUCCAUCCCAAUCUUUAUACAUCAAGUGUGAAGUGUACAGCAGACCUGCUUUAGACCCGUGAGCUCUACAGAAGCAGUGGCUUUAGAAACAAAAGAUGCUGUGAUAGAGCAAGAGUGUGUGCAUGAGUGUGUGCGCUGAGCUCCACCCCGCUCCGUCCUGCCAGUCCCCGAAUGGCACAGGGAAAUCAGCAGAUUGACACUCAAGUUCUGCAAAAACUGCGUCAGAAGUUUCCAGAAGUGCCAGAGGGCGUGGUCUCUCAGUGUGUCCUACAGAAUAAGAACGACUUGGCAGCGUGUUGUGAGUACCUUACCCAGGUGAGUCCCGGCUUCCUGUACAGUGAGGGCAGCCCGAGUGUGACGGACCUGCGCAAUCACAUGACACAGCUCAACGUGGGCGUGACACAGAAUACCCAUGGUGCCGUGCAGCGCGAGCCAGUGAGGAUGAACGGCAGCAGGACUCUCUCACACAGCCUGAGUGACGGGCCUGUCAACGGUCCCCCGACCCCGGCCUCUGACUUCUACCAGGCAGAGUCUCAGUCACACACACACGCGCCUGCCGCCUUCUGUGUAAUGGAGCAGACGCGAAAGCCACAGCCACCGCAUCAUCUCGGCCUGUACCAGCUUGGGGUCAAAGGUCAGGUCUCGUCUACGCCACUUCCCGCUACGCCCCGUUUUAACCCCAUCACAGUGACUUUGGCCCCCAAUGCUGGCCGGAACACGCCCACCUCGCUGCACAUCCAUGGUGGGCCUCAGGCCGGCCCCAACAGCCCCAACUCCAUCUAUAUCCGGCCCUACGUCGCCCAGAUCUCACACCCGGGCGGCCCGCACCACCAGACCUCGCACGUUUACAUGCCCAUCAGCUCUCCCACCAACCCGCAGCCCCCUUCGGCCUUUCAGGCUCCGUCCACUGCGGCCUCUCAGGCCUCUUCCUCAUCCUCCUCGUCGUCAUCCUCAUCAGUGCCUUCAUCUUUACCACCGAUGGCGGCGGCCCCGUCGCUCGCGUCCUCCUUCAGCCAGUUUAACAUCCAGAACAUCUCCACAGGGCCUAGAAAGAACCAGAUCGAGAUCAAGCUCGAAUCUCCGCAGAGAGUGGGCGGAGCUGCUGCCGCCGGCGCUGCCACAGCGACCCUGAUGUGCUCCGCUUCUGCGCCUCGACCAGCCUCGGCUUCUGGGUCGUCGUCCUGCCCGUCACCUUCUUCUUCGUCCUCCACUCCGCUCUCCAUAGAGGGUGCGGGGCUUAGCCGAAGCCAGCCCACUGUCUAUAUCGCAGCUUCUCCUCCCACCGCCGCUGCCAUGGCGGCACCGUCAGAUGAGUGUGCGCUGAUUCCUCCUUCUGGACGCUCACAGCCCAAAUUCUACAUCUCGGCUAACGCAGCUUCAGAUGAGAGCGGCACUCGGAACCCACCCACAGUCUACAUAUCGGCCAAUCCCACUCAUCCUGGAGUGACGGGAGGGCGAAGCCUAAGUGGCCAAGUCAGCAUGGGUCCUGCCUACAUCCAUCACCACCCACCCAAAUCCCGCAGCUCGGUGGGGGCAGGAGGCGUAGCUACAUCGCCACGUGUCGUAGUGACGCAACCCAACACCAAAUACACCUUCAAGAUCACGGUCUCGCCGAACAAGCCCCCAGCCGUGUCUCCUGGGGUGGUGUCGCCCACCUUUGAGCCCACCAACAUGCUCAGCGUGCCCGCCGAUCAGCACUACCCCGAGCCAGAGGCCAUCACUCUGCCCGAGCCGCUCUCCCCCAACCGAGACAUGAGGGCCACAGAGAGCCGCCGGCCUAGCAUGGGCUCUGACGACGCUGCAUACACACAGGCAUUGUUGGUGCAUCAAAAGGCGCGCAUGGAACGUCUGUGUCACGAGCUCAAGCUGAAAAAGAAGAACCUGGAGAAACUCAAAGAAGAGGUGAACGAGAUGGAGAACGACCUCACGAGGAGACGACUACAGAGGUCCAACUCGGUGUCUCAGAUACCGUCUCUUGAUGAGAUGCAGCAGCUGAGGUGUAAGAACAGGUUACUGCAGAUCGACAUCGACUGUUUAACUAAAGAGAUCGACCUCCUGCAGACGCGUGGACCACACUUCAAUCCCAGUGCGAUCCAUAACUUCUACGACAACAUCGGCUUCCUCGGGCCUGUCCCCCCAAAACCCAAAGGUACUCCGGCAGCAGAGUCGGGCAGUAAAAAUAUGAAGACGGUGUCCGAGGCUGAAGACGACGACGGGGUUCAGUGGGGUUGUACAGCCUGCACCUUCCUCAACCAUCCCGCCCUCAUCCGCUGUGAACAGUGUGAAUUUCCACGACAUUUCUGAGCCCCUGAUACACACACACACACACACACACACACACACACACACACUUAUAGGCUAGGCUUUAUUACAGACAACUUGCAGAAAUAUGGACAUGAAUGGUAUGUGUGUGUUUCUUCGCUCAACCAUUUAUCUCUCUUGCUGUCUGUGUCUCUCUUAUUUAGCCCUUCGUCUUUCUUUCUGAGGUGUGUGUCAUGCUGCCCACUGAAGACUGGAUAAUGUUUACAGAUUUUCCUCUGCUUCUGUCUGUCAAGCCAAGCUGAGCUCUGUACGUCUGUGUGUGUCUGAGUGUGUGUGUGCGUGAGUGUUUGAAUGUAGGUAUCCUUCACAGACUCCAUAUCAAAUCUUAGUCUAGCCUGAAACAGUAUUAUAAAAGUGUGAGUGUGUAAGCACGCGCACACACACACACACACACACACACACACACGUGCCAAUGUGCCUUCCGGAAACCUUUGAGAGCCUUGUCUCUCUCACCUGAAGGGAAUAACCUUACAGACUACUUUCUGGACUUCGCUCUCUUUCUUUUCCCAGAUGGAUGUUGGGAACGAUCUGUGGAAUUUCUGCCCAAAAACCGGAGUUUCUUCUCCAUGCGCUUUCGUUUCACUAAGAGAGGAAAAACAAAAACGGAAAAAAUAAAUAAAUAAAUAAAAUAAAACUUAGCGGACGAAGAACUGAACCUACUCUGCAUGCUUUAGAUGUACAGUUUACAAACGGAGACUCCGCCCACCUAAGCUUUUACUGUACAUAGUGUUAGAAUGAGCUUUAAAAUGCUGGGUUUAUUUUCCCUUCCCUUUCUCUCUCUCUCUCUCUCUCUCUCUCUCUCCUCACAUGUAUUUUCUGUAAUUAUAGCACCAUAGACUUCAUUUACUUUAAUUUGUUGGGUGUUUGUUGUUGUUGCUGAAAAACAGACGAGUACGGUUUUCCCUCUUUUGCCUUCAGCGUGAACGGCGUCACACUUUCUUUUCCAGUGUACGGGCUGCAGACGCAGCAAAAAAAAAAAAAAGAAAUAAG